GCCAUGUUCGUGAAGCUCCUCACCAUUGUCUUCUUCAGCCUACUCUCUCAGUUCCCAGAAUCCUCUUCCCAAACUCUUGACUUCACUUACAAUGGCUUCCUUCCUCCACUCACCGACAUAUCCCUCGAAGGGAUCGCCACCGUCACGCCCAACGGUCUCUUGAAGCUAACCAACUACACCAUGCAGAAAACAGGUCACGCCUUCUACACCAAACCAAUCCGUUUCAAAGAUUUCCCAAAUGGCACCGUUUCUUCCUUCUCCACAACUUUCGUCUUCGCUAUUCAUUCUGAGAUCCCGAGCCUUAGCGGCUACGGCAUGGCAUUCGUCGUGGCUCCUAACCCAAGGCUCCGUUACGCGACCGCAAGUCAGUACAUGGGUCUCUUCAACAUCACAAGCGACGGUAAUGUCACAAACCAUGUGUUCGCUAUAGAGUUCGACACGAUCCAGAGUCCAAAGUUCAAUGACACUGAAGAUAACCAUGUGGGCAUAGAUAUCAAUAGCUUGAUAUCUGUUGAGAGUUCGCCAGCUGGGUACUGGGACAUAAAAGGUCAGUUCAAGAAUCUGACUUUGAUUAGUCGCAAACGGAUGCAGGUUUGGGUUGAUUAUGAUGGUCACACCAAUCAGAUCGAUGUGACAAUGGCUCCGUUCGGAAAGGACAAACCGAAAAAACCGCUUGUUUCGGUCGUCAGAGAUCUUUCUUCGGUUCUUUUGCAAGAUAUGUUCGUAGGUUUCUCUUCUGCCACUGGUUCCAUUCUGUCCGAACAUUAUGUUCUCGGGUGGAGUUUCCGGGUGAAAGGGAAUGCUCCACCGUUGGAGUUAUCAAAACUUCCCAAACUUCCGAGGUGGGAGCGGAAAAGACUAUACAGCAUCUACAAGACCUGGAUGCCGUCGGUUUGCAUAUUUUUGAUUCCCUUCUUGUUUAUUUCCACGCUCAUCAUACUCGUGCGCUUCGUCGUGAAGAGGAGGAGGAGGUUUAAGGAGGAGCUCGAAGAUUGGGAAACAAGGCUUGGGAAGAACCGAAUGAAGUUCAAGGACUUGUAUUACGCGACCGGAGGGUUUGAUGAGAAGGACCUUCUCGGAGCCGGUGGGUUUGGAACUGUUUACAGAGGUGUCAUGCCAAGGACAAAGAAAGAGAUCGCUGUGAAAAGAGUCUCGAGCAAAUCCCAUCAAGGGUUGAAAGAGUUUGUGUCUGAGGUCGUGAGUAUCGGUCGGAUGAGUCAUCGGAACUUAGUCCCUCUCAUGGGUUAUUGCCGCAGGAGGGACGAGCUUCUUCUGGUGUACGAGUACAUGCCUAACGGAAGCUUAGACAAGUAUUUGCACAAUAGUCCAGAGGUAACUCUCGACUGGAAACAGAGGUUUAAGGUCAUUAAAGGUGUGGCAUCCGCCUUAUUCUACCUUCACAAGGAAUGGGAACAAGUGGUGAUUCACCGUGACAUCAAAGCCAGCAACGUCUUGUUAGACUCGGAGUACAAUGGGAGACUCGGGGAUUUCGGUUUAGCUCGACUGUGCGGUCACGGGUCAGACCCUCAAACCACGCUAGUCGCUGGAACAUGGGGAUACCUAGCCCCUGAUCACGUCAGGACAGGACGGGCCACUACCGCUACCGAUAUUUUUGCGUUUGGGGUGCUUUUACUAGAAGUAGCAUGCGGUAGACGUCCUAUCGAGAUUCAGAACGAGAAUGGUGAUCAGAGGGUCUUUAUCUUGGAUUGGGUUUUUGGAUUUUGGAAUGAGGGAAACAUCUUGGACGCCAAGGACCCGAAGCUAGGGACGGAAUAUGACCGAAUAGAGGUCGAAAUGGUUUUGAAGCUAGGUUUGUUGUGCUCUCACUCCAACCCACAUGCUAGACCAACUAUGAGACAAGUGUUACAUUAUCUUAUGGGGGAUUCAAUAUUACCAGAUUUGUCGCCUUCUGACUUGCGUGGGAACGAGAUGAUGAGGUUGGAAAUCCACCACGGACUUAGCGAGACAGGCAUGUUUACAUGUGGGUCUUCGAUGGUUAAUUCUAUAGUCUCCGCUUCCAGUGGGAGGUGAAUUUUACAUUAAUUGUAGAAAACAUCCCCUAUCGCCACGAGAUGUGGGACCGUGUUGUACGUUGACUUUGAAAUAUAUGAAAUUUUAUGUGUGAA